AUGUCGGAUAGUGCAAAUGAAACGCUGAAGAACGUAGGUGAAGCGGCGGAAAAGCGUAACUGCGUUUACUGUGAAGAUUCAGAUGGCGCGGACGACAUGGUCCAGUGCGAUAUAUGCGAUGCUUGGAGCCACUAUCGAUGCGCCGGUGUCACAGAGGAGGUUAAGAAUGUACCCUGGCACUGCAAUAAAUGCAGUAACCUGCUGAACAUCCCGAAGAUCAGGAAGCCUGUUAAACGAAACGUUUCCAAACGAACGGGCAGCGCAAAAGGCGAUGUCGCAUCGGAUUCCGGAAAAUUGCCUGAAGGUCGACUAUCCCUGCAAGAGUCGAUAAAUCUUCUGGAGCAUGAAUCGGCUGUGAUCGAGCAGCAAUUAUUGGAGGAGAAGAUACUACAUGAUAAACGCUUAGAGCUAGAACGUGCCAUCAACGAAAAAAGGCGCGCUCUGCAGCAGAAGCAACAGGAAGAUAAACUUCACCAGGAGAAACAACAGCUGGAACAACAAUUAGCUGACCACAAAGAGUUUUUGAUCCGCCAGAAAGAAAUGCGGGAUCAAUUUCGAAAAAUGAAAGCAGAUUUAAACCAGGAGUUCGAAGAGGAAAGUGAAGAGGACUCGUUUGGUCCAGAAGCUGGAUCCGACAAAACAAAGCGUUGGGUGGAGAUGCAAGAAGAUCUCCGCGGCGCUUAUCCCAAGAAAACCACAGGAACGGAUAGCUUAUCCACCUCUGUGCGUAAGUUGUGCAACGAACCGAAUCGGGUCAAAGAACUAGAACCGGAGAAGCACGUAAGUUUAACACAACAACAAAAAUUAGAAGUGUUAGGAGAAGCGAUGAAAAGCGAUGCCCGAGGAAAUUGGGAACCGCAGGAAAAGGUUGAAUCGGAGUGUCGUGUAAAGCGUCUUUUGGAACAGUGUUUAGAAGAAACAGGAAGCCAAGGAGCUAACGAACCGACAGAAGAAUCGGAUUUGAACAAUUUGGAGCAAGCAUUGAUGCGGAGUUUAUUGGAGCGUAGGCAACGGAAAGAGCUGGAGACACAAACUCGCAGUUUUAAUACUGGACCUACGAAAGAGCAGUUAGCGGCCCGCCAAGCUGGUUCAAAACAUCUCCCUACAUUUCGAGGGGAGCCAGAAAUCUGGCCCCAAUUUAUCAGCUGCUUUGAAUAUACUACAGCGGCUUGUGGGUUUACAAAUGUGGACAACUUGAAGAGACUCCAAGAUAGUCUGCAAGGUUUGGCGAAAGAAGCAGUUCAGAGCAGGUUGCUCAUGCCUGCGUCGGUACCGGAAGUGAUUGAGGAUCUGCGACAACUCUUUGGGAAUCCGGAAAAGCUGUUAAAGUCGCUUGUGACCAAGGUGCGGAAGGUGCCAGCACCUCGAGUAGACAAACUGGAAAGUUUUCUAUAUUUUGGAAUUACUGUCAAACAGUUGUGUGACCAUUUGGUGGCGGCCAAGCUGCAGGACCAUCUAAGCAAUCCCAUGCUUGUAUCGGAACUAGUAAACAAGCUGCCGUCCGAGUAUCAGCUAGAAUGGAUUCGCUUCAAGAGAGGAAAAAAUGGUCUUCCUCUUUGUAUGUUUGCGGAUUUCAUGAAUGGAAUCGUGUCGGAGGUUGCUGAGUUAGCUGACUUCAAAGGAGAGCAGAAGAAUGUUCUGGAUGAAGGAAGAAACAAGUACCGAAGGAAAGAGCGUGUGAAUACACACGAUACAAGAGUAUUUCCGGCUACCCAGAAUACGAUGCCUGCGAGAUCCAGAAGACCCUGCCCGAUGUGCAAUCGUACAGACCACAAAUUGAGGUUCUGUGACGAUUUCGCAUCAAUCUCGUUGGUCGAUCGCCGAAAAUUGGUGGACAGGCUUAAGUUGUGCAACCUUUGCUUAAGUGACCAUGGGAAAAUUAAGUGUACCUUCAAGGUCCGGUGCGAGAUUCGAAGCUGCAGAGGAGCUCACCACACCCUGUUGCAUUGCAAUGAAGAAGCCGUCAACAUCACCGUAGCUGAGUGCAAUCCACACCAUCAGAGAGAUCGGCAAGUAAUCUUUCGAAUGAUACCGAUUACUUUGUACCAUGGAGGAAAUACUGUCGAAACGUUGGCGUUCUUGGACGAGGGAGCUUCAACAACACUUGUUGAGAGCUCGUUAGCUGAUUCGUUGGGCGUCAAGGGAAUCCCAGAGCCCCUUGUAAUCGUGUGGACAGGAAAUGUCAAGCGAAACGAAGAUACUUCACGGAAAAUCGACCUACUGAUAUCUUCGAUAGAUUCUCGACGCAAGUUCAUGCUGUCAUCUGCCCAUACCGUGGGAGAAUUGAAGCUGCCGCUGCAGAAGACGUGUUACGGAAACAUCGUCAAAAAGUAUCGACACUUGAGUGGAGUUCCUUUGUCGAGCACCAAGAUGGAGGUUCCCAGAGUUCUCAUCGGACUUGACAACCUACACUUAUUCGCCCCUCUGGAGUCCAUAGUUGGUGCCCCGGGAGAACCAAUCGCCGUGCGCUCAACGCUGGGAUGGGCUAUUUACGGUCCCGAUUUGAGAUCGGAACAAUCACAUCGCUACGUAAAUCAUCACAUGGUUCAAAGUUUAAAUAAUCGGGAACUUCACGAUCUGAUGACGGCGCAGUACGCUCAGGAAGAUUUGCCUUCAGCACAUGUACAGUCUAUCGAAUCGGAUGAAAUUCGCAGAGCCCGGAACAUCCUGGAAUCGACAACCAUCCGGGUAGGCGACCGCUUCGAAACGGGGCUUAUCUGGAAACAGGAACCCGCGUUUCCUGAUAGUUAUCCGAUGGCGUUAAAUAGGCUGAGAAGCCUUGAUCGAAGACUCAACCGAGAGCCACACCUGCAACAAAAUGUCAACCAACAAAUUGAAUAUUACCUGACCAAAGGCUACUGCCAUAAGGCCACGAAAGAAGAACUUUUGAACACCAAUCCGUCUUCAGUAUGGUAUCUUCCGCUAAAUGUAGUACUGAAUCCGAAGAAACCACAUAAAGUGCGCCUGGUGUGGGAUGCGGCAGCUAAAGCACAUGGUGUUUCCCUUAAUUCCUUUCUCCUUAAAGGCCCCGAUCUACUGGCAUCACUUCCGGCAGUCAUCAGCAAGUUUCGAGAGCGACGAGUAGCCGUGGGAGGUGACAUCAAAGAGAUGUACCAUCAGCUCAGGAUCAGAGAUGCAGACCAGCAGGCGCAAAGGUUUCUCUUUCGGUUCCCGCAAGACGAUCGUCCUACCGUUUUCGUGAUGGACGUAGCCACCUUCGGCGCUGCCAGUUCUCCAUGCUCGGCACAAUACGUGAAGAACCUGAAUGCCCAGCAGUUUUCCACUCGGUAUCCGGCAGCAGCACAAGCCAUCGUUCACCGCCAUUAUGUCGAUGACUACUACGACAGCUUCGACACCGAAGAGGAAGCUAUCGAGCGCACCAGAGAGGUACGUUGGAUCCACUCGAAAGGUGGAUUCGAGAUCACCAACUGGACAUCUAAUUCUACAGCUGUUCUUCGAAGUUUGGGAGUGGUUGGUGGCUCCAGAGAGUCAAUCCAUUUGAAUCAAGACAAGGUGACGGAGUACGAACGAGUUCUCGGUAUCAUGUGGGACACACAGAACGACGUGUUUUCAUUUGCGGUACCUACAAAAGCUGCGGCUUCUCAGACGGCACCACCGAAGAAGCGUGAAGUCCUAAGCACGAUCAUGUCUUUGUUUGAUCCGAUAGGGCUGUUGGCUCCUUUUACGGUGCUAGGAAAAAUGCUUAUGCAGGAUCUGUGGCGAGCAGGUUGCGAAUGGGACCAGCAAAUUAGUGGAGAAUGUUUAGAAAAGUGGCGACAGUGGGUCGCAAUGUUUUCUCUGGUCGAGGGUGUUCGCAUUCCUAGAUGCAACUUUGGGUCGACAUCUUCUGAUCGAUUUGGCCAAAUUCAGCUGCAUAUCUUUACAGACGCCGGGGAAAAUGCUUUUGGAUGCGUUGCGUACCUGAGGAUUUGCGUUGAUGACACUGUUAAAUGUUCGUUGGUGCUGGCUCGAUCGAAAGUGGCACCGAUUAAACAACUUUCCAUACCACGGCUCGAAUUGAAGGCAGCAGUUUUGGGUGCGAACCUAAGUCACGCGGUCAGGAAUAACCAUUCCCUUCCUAUAGGCCGAACAUACUUCUGGUGCGAUUCUCAAACCGUUCUUUCCUGGAUCCAAACCGAUCAACGUCGUUAUCAACCCUUCGUCGGCUUUAGAAUCGGAGAAAUUCUAAGUCUCUCUAAGUUGACGGACUGGCGCUACGUCCCGACCAAGUUGAAUGUAGCAGAUUCGCUCACCAAGUGGGGUCGUCUUCCAAGUCUUUCAGGUGAGGGUUCUUGGUUUCGUGGCCCGGAGUUUCUGUACCAGCAUCCGUCGAAAUGGCCCCAACAAAAUCUUCCCGAAGCAAAUACAAAAACGGAAAUCAAAGCAAUACACCUUUUCCACAGUGUUGAGCUUCCGAGUUCCCUAAUCGACGUGACUAGAUUUUCGAAAUGGAAUGUUGCAGUUCGCACAAUGGCGUGCGUCUUCCGGUUUAUAUCCAACUGUCGGCGUAAGAUUGCUGGCAAACCCAUCGAAACUGUCCUGUCGACUCCAAAGUUUAAACGGUUCAUCAAGAUCGAAAUUCCAUUUGUAGUGGUUCCGUUGCGGCAAGAUGAGCAUCGACGUGCUGAAAAUGUUCUCUUCAGGUUGGCUCAAAGCGAGACCUACAGUGACGAGAUCAGAAUACUGAAGCGCAACUCAGAGUUACAUUUCCAAAAAUGGUUGCCUUUGGAGAAAUCAAGUCCUCUCUUCAAGCUAGUUCCUUUGAUCGACGCAGAUGGUGUGUUGAGAAUGGAAGGGCGUUCCGAAAAAGCGGAGUUCCUCCCCUUUGACCUUCGAUUCCCGAUAAUUUUACCAAGAACUCACUGUGUCACAAAACUUUUGGUUCAACAAUACCACGAGAGGUUUGGACACGGAUAUCGAGAAACGGUGAAGAACGAAAUUAAGCAACGUUUCGUGGUAAGCGGUCUCAGCAAUUUGAUAAGACGAACCGAAGGAAGCUGCGUAUGGUGUAAGGUCCGAAAAUGUCUGCCGAAGAAUCCCAAAAUGGCUGCACUGUCCGUGCAAAGAUUAACCCCUUUCAAACGGCCAUUUACGUUCGUUGGGCUUGACUAUAUGGGUCCAGUUGAAGUCGUCGUUGGUCGCCGCAAGGAAAAACGCUGGAUCGUGGUAUUCACGUGUAUGGUUGUAAGGGCGGUGCAUUUAGAAGUUGCCCACAGUCUUACCGCGCAAUCAUGCAUAAUGGCGAUCCGCCGUUUCAUCAGUCGCCGAGGUCCAGCUUCUGAAUACUUCUCGGAUAACGGGACGAACUUGCGAGGGGCGAGUAAGGAGAUAAUCAAACAAGUACGGGAAAUCGAUAAUGUUUGCGCCGACGAAUUCACGACUGCUAUCACGAGUUGGCACUUCAUCCCACCUGGAACACCCCACAUGGGAGGAGCGUGGGAGAGGAUGGUGCGCUCGGUGAAGCAGGUCAUGACAGCCUUAGACGACGGGCGUCGAUUGAACGAUGAAAUCCUCCUGACUACGCUAGCUGAAACUGAGGACAUGAUCAACAGCCGGCCACUUACUCUUGUAUCUUCGGAUCCAGUGGUAAAUGCACUUUGUCCCAAUGUCUUUCUGCGUGGUUCAGAUCCCAACGAGCCACAUGAAGUCAUCAAACCUACCAACCCUGCAGAGGCACUUCGGGAUGCUUACAAGAGAUCCCAGCAGCUGGCCGACGACUUAUGGAAGCGGUGGAUAAAAGAGUACGUGCCGACAGUCAACCAGCGAUCCAAGUGGUUCUCCGAGGCAGAUCCUCUUAAGAAAGGAGAUCUCGUGUACGUUGUAGACGGAAAUCGACGCAAGGCCUGGGUUCGAGGAAUUAUCGAAGAACCGAUCUUCUCUAGUGACGGACGGGUACGCCAAGCUUUAGUGCGUACAACUAGGGGUGUUUUUCGACGUGGGACGGCUAAUCUGGCUGUGCUGGAGAUUACUGGAGCUGCUGACGAAGUCCAAAUGGUGGGUCCAGAGAGUGUCGCUCAUCAUACAACGUUUUAA